AUGCGUUUAACUGAUGUAUUAGGUUUAAGACGAAUACUUUAUGGAAGUUAUCAUCCUUUUCAUAUAAUUCCAAAACCUUCAAUUUGGCCGAAAAGAGAACGACUUAAACGUUUUACUGCGUGGCAAUACGGUCAAGAUUUAAAAACAGUCAAGCAAGGAUCUCGAAAGCUUAACAAAGUUUUUAUUUAUAUGGAUAUGCAAAGACAAGAUGCCCCGAAAUUGGAAAGACAUGUUUGUUUGGAUUUUAAAUUAUCCUUUUUUUCAAUUUCUUGUGGGUUGUUUAGUCUUUAA